AUGGACAUUCCCGAUGAUGAGAUUAUGGAUGUUGUUCCUCUCUCUGUUAUUCCCUACGAGGCCAUUAAUUUGAACCAACCCAUGGAUGCCUCAGCUUCUGCAUGCCCCAAUCAAGGUAAUAUUUCUAGUAUCCCUUCUGGCUCAACUCCUGCCACUAAUUCUAAGGAAGAUAUACACCACACUGAUCGUGUUAUAAGAAACCUAGUCACUAGAAUCCUUAAUGAAGGACAUUCUGUGAAGGGAGUCUCUACUCCACUGUCUAAAAUUUACCCCUCUCCUGAGGUUGAACAACAUAGUGAGAAGGAUGACAAUUCCUCCAGUUCUGAAAAGGACAUGGCUGCUGAAGGGUUGUGCUCUCUAGGGAAAACUGUGUCUGAUAAAAGAAAAUCUAUGGCACCUAAAACUGCCAAUGCUUCCCACUCUGAGAAGCAUGAUGAUGCAAAUGUGGCGAUUGAUCUAGAGGAUGGUAGCUCUGAUGAUCAAGAGGAAAGUUUACUUCAUCACCUAAAGCCAAGUGUGGCUAAACGCAUGAAGACUCGAAAAGGAAGAUUUAUGGUUGAGCUUAGGUCAGCUAGAAAAACUAAGAAGACUGCUGGUAUUGGUCCCUCCAAAUCUUUGAGCAAGGUUGAAGUAAAGAAGAGGAAGGUUAGAGAAGACUCUGAGUACGAAGAGGAUGUUGAGGAAGAUGUCCCUGACAUCUCGCCUGUGAAGAAAACCACUGCUAGGAAAUCUUCUGUUAAAGUUCAUGAGGUCAUGGACCUGAUAAAGGCUGAUGGGUUAUUGAAGACUGUGGCUGGGUUCUCUCAAUGCUAUGAGGGUUUAGUUAAGGAAUUCAUUCUCAACACUCCCGAGGAUAUUGCUGAUAAGAACAACAAGGAUUUCUGCAAGGUGUUUGUGAGGGGUAAGUGUAUAACAUUCUCUCCCACUGUUAUUAAUAAUUUCCUAGGAAGAAAAAUUGAGGGUGCAGGUGAAUUGGAAGUUACAGACAAUGAGGGGGGAUUCUCUGUCUGUGUGAAGCAGGUUGCUGCUUGGUGUGGUCUAGCUGAAGGGGGAGAUGAUGUGUUCUGA